UGCAGGAAGAAAAGAACAGGCAGAACAGCGAGAGGAAUAAAGGGAAGGGGGGGAAACACCAAAUCUAUGAUUGGACCUGGGCUUCUUUUUCGCCAAUGCAAAAAGGAAUAUGCAGCACAUUUUUGCCUUCUUCUGCACCGGUUUCCUAGGCGCGGUAGUAGGUGCCAAUUUCCCCAACAAUAUCCAGAUCGGGGGAUUAUUUCCAAACCAGCAAUCACAGGAACAUGCCGCUUUUAGAUUUGCUUUGUCGCAACUCACAGAGCCCCCAAAGCUGCUUCCCCAGAUUGAUAUUGUGAACAUCAGUGACAGCUUUGAGAUGACCUAUAGAUUCUGUUCCCAGUUCUCCAAAGGAGUCUAUGCCAUCUUUGGGUUUUAUGAACGAAGGACUGUCAACAUGCUGACCUCCUUCUGUGGAGCCCUCCACGUCUGCUUCAUUACACCUAGCUUUCCUGUUGACACAUCCAAUCAGUUUGUCCUUCAGCUGCGCCCUGAACUGCAGGAUGCCCUCAUCAGCAUCAUCGACCACUACAAAUGGCAGAAAUUUGUCUACAUUUAUGAUGCAGACCGUGGCUUGUCUGUUCUGCAGAAAGUCCUGGACACAGCUGCCGAGAAGAACUGGCAGGUGACAGCAGUCAACAUUUUGACAACCACAGAGGAGGGCUACCGAAUGCUCUUUCAAGACCUGGAGAAGAAAAAGGAACGGCUGGUGGUGGUGGACUGUGAAUCGGAGCGCCUCAAUGCUAUCUUGGGCCAGAUUAUAAAGCUGGAGAAGAAUGGCAUCGGCUACCACUAUAUCCUUGCAAAUCUGGGCUUCAUGGACAUUGACUUAAACAAAUUCAAGGAGAGCGGAGCAAAUGUGACAGGCUUCCAGCUGGUGAAUUACACAGACACCAUUCCUGCCAAGAUCAUGCAGCAGUGGAAGAACAGCGACGCUCGCGACCACACCCGGGUGGACUGGAAGAGACCCAAGUACACCUCUGCGCUUACCUAUGAUGGGGUGAAGGUGAUGGCUGAGGCUUUCCAGAGCCUGCGGAGGCAGAGAAUUGACAUAUCCCGCCGGGGCAAUGCUGGCGAUUGUUUGGCUAAUCCAGCUGUGCCCUGGGGUCAGGGCAUUGACAUCCAGAGAGCUUUGCAACAGGUGCGGUUUGAAGGUUUGACUGGAAAUGUGCAGUUCAAUGAGAAGGGUCGCCGGACCAACUACACCCUCCAUGUAAUUGAAAUGAAACAUGAUGGUAUUCGAAAGAUUGGUUACUGGAAUGAAGAUGAUAAAUUUGUACCUGCCGCCACAGAUGCUCAAGCUGGAGGUGAUAAUUCAAGUGUUCAGAAUAGAACAUACAUCGUUACUACAAUCCUAGAAGAUCCUUACGUGAUGCUCAAGAAAAAUGCCAACCAGUUUGAGGGCAAUGACCGCUACGAAGGCUACUGUGUAGAACUAGCAGCCGAGAUUGCCAAGCAUGUAGGUUAUUCCUAUCGUCUCGAGAUCGUAAGCGAUGGGAAAUAUGGAGCCCGAGAUCCUGAUACAAAGGCCUGGAAUGGCAUGGUGGGAGAGUUAGUCUAUGGGAGAGCAGAUGUGGCUGUGGCACCCUUAACCAUCACUCUGGUUCGGGAAGAGGUUAUAGACUUCUCCAAGCCAUUUAUGAGUUUGGGAAUCUCCAUCAUGAUCAAAAAACCACAGAAGUCCAAGCCAGGAGUCUUCUCCUUCCUUGAUCCUUUGGCUUACGAAAUUUGGAUGUGCAUUGUUUUUGCCUACAUUGGAGUGAGUGUCGUCCUCUUCCUGGUCAGCCGCUUCAGCCCCUAUGAAUGGCACAGUGAAGAGUUUGAGGAAGGGAGAGACCAGACGACCAGUGACCAGUCCAAUGAAUUUGGGAUAUUCAACAGCUUAUGGUUCUCCCUUGGAGCCUUCAUGCAGCAGGGCUGUGACAUCUCUCCCAGGUCUCUGUCUGGCCGCAUCGUUGGUGGCGUCUGGUGGUUCUUCACCUUGAUCAUCAUCUCCUCCUACACUGCCAACCUGGCUGCCUUCCUCACCGUGGAAAGAAUGGUGUCUCCCAUUGAGAGUGCAGAGGACCUGGCCAAGCAGACAGAAAUCGCUUAUGGGACAUUGGAAGCAGGAUCUACUAAGGAGUUCUUCAGGAGGUCUAAAAUUGCUGUGUUUGAGAAGAUGUGGACAUACAUGAAGUCAGCAGAGCCAUCUGUUUUUGUACGGACCACAGAGGAGGGGAUGAUCCGAGUAAGGAAAUCCAAAGGCAAAUACGCCUACCUCCUCGAGUCCACCAUGAACGAGUACAUUGAACAACGGAAACCCUGUGACACCAUGAAGGUGGGAGGUAACUUGGAUUCCAAAGGCUAUGGCAUUGCAACACCCAAGGGGUCCGCCCUGAGAAAUCCAGUAAACCUGGCAGUGUUAAAACUGAACGAGCAGGGGCUUUUGGACAAAUUGAAAAACAAAUGGUGGUACGACAAGGGCGAGUGCGGCAGCGGGGGAGGUGAUUCCAAGGACAAGACAAGUGCUCUGAGCCUCAGCAAUGUGGCAGGCGUGUUCUACAUCCUGAUUGGAGGACUUGGACUAGCCAUGCUGGUUGCCUUAAUCGAGUUCUGCUACAAAUCCCGUAGCGAGUCCAAGCGGAUGAAGGGUUUCUGUUUGAUCCCACAGCAAUCCAUCAACGAAGCCAUACGGACAUCCACUCUGCCACGAAACAGCGGGGCAGGAGCCAGCGGAAGCGGCAGUGGAGAGAACGGCCGGGUGGUCAGCCAUGACUUCCCUAAGUCCAUGCAAUCGAUUCCCUGCAUGAGCCACAGUUCAGGGAUGCCUUUAGGAGCUACAGGAUUGUAACUGGAGCAGAUGGAGACCCCAUGGGGAGCAGGCUCAGGCUUCCCAAGCCCCAUCCCAAACCCUUCAGUGCCAAAAACAACAAAAUGAAACACAACCACCAACAACCACCGUGACCACAAGGAGGAUAAUUCAACCAGUUUUCUUGAAGAAAUGAAAAAUAAUCUUGUUGUCCCUUUUCCUUUGAUGUUCUUUCACCCUUUCGCAUUUGCUAGGUGAGGAUGUUACA